AGCUCGUCCCUUCUUGGUUUACUGGUUUAACUCCAACUGUUGUCAGGAUCAAGAUUAGGCUGGGGUCAAAAAUAAAAAAAAUCACUGCUAGAUUUAAUGAUCUCAUGACACAAAAAGAUCAAUUGAAUUUGAAGGAAAAUUCUACUCCGAGGCCAAGCAAAAGAAGAGAGAUACCUCCCUCAACUUCUGUGGUGACCGAAGAUCACAUCUAUGGUAGGGAGGAAGUCGUAGAGGCUGUACUUCAAUUAUUGAUAAGUGAUAAACAUAGUGAUGCCUUGACUAAAGUACCUAAUGUGAUUCCUAUAGUUGGUAUGGGGGGUAUUGGAAAGACAACCCUCGCUCAGCUCGUUUACAAUGAUAAAAGAGUGCAAGACUGUUUCUAUCAGAAAGCAUGGGCUUGUGUUUCUGAAGAUUUUGAUGUUGCUAUAGUUACAAGAACAAUUUUACAAUCUGUGAUUUCGGAAAACUGUGAUGGCAAAGAUCUAAAUUGGAUGCAAGUCAAAUUGAAGGAGAAAUUACUUGGGAAAAAGUUUCUAGUAAUUCUUGAUGAUGUUUGGAAUGAGAAAUACGAAGAUUGGAUUCGCCUACGUGCUCCGUUUGAAGCAGGGGCUCCUGGAAGUAGUAUUAUCGUCACAACUCGUAAUCAAGGAGUUUCAUCACUGAUGGGGACCAUUAAAGUUGAACCUUUUCAGUUGGAGUUGUUGCCAACUGAUUCUUGUUUGUCCAUAUUUUCCCAGCAUGCAUUGGAUGCAAAAGACUUUAGUGCACAUCCAGACCUUAAAGAUAUUGGGGAGGAAAUUGUUAGAAAGUGUAAAGGCUUGCCUUUGGCUGUUAAAACUGUUGGAGGCCUUUUACGCAGUACACAAGACCGCAAUGAGUGGGAUAAGGUUUUGAAGAGUAAGAUAUGGGAUAUACCAGAAGAGAGAAGUGGAAUUGCUCCCGCUCUUAUGUUAAGCUAUCACAAUUUGCCUGCAUAUUUAAAGAGGUGUUUUGCUUAUUGUUCUAUACUUCCAAAAGAUUAUGAGUUUGAGGAGAAGGAGGUGGUUCUAUUAUGGAUGGCAGAAGGUUUGAUUCAUCCACGACAAGAUGAAGAGGAAAUGGAAGAUUUGGGUAGCGAGUAUUUUCGCAAUCUGUUGUCAAGGUCAUUUUUCCAACAAUCACGUAUUAAUGAAUCACAAUUUGUGAUGCAUGACCUCAUCAAUGAUUUGGCUCAAUCGGUUGCAGGCGAGACGUGCUUUAGAAUGGAGGAUAGAAUUGGGGGUAAUCAGCAUGAGAAUCUCCCUAUAAAGGCACGCCACUCAUCUUACUUGGGUAGCGAAUAUGAUGUUUCUAAAAAGUUUGAGGUUUUUUCUAAACUCAUUAGUUUACGUACAUUCUUACCUCUCAUGCUACCGGAUCCAGGUGGUUGUUAUUUGGCUCGUCGUGUUCCUCAUGAAUUGGUUUUAACAUUACGAUAUUUAAGGGUGCUAUCUUUCAAUGGGUACAGUAUAACUGAACUUUCAGAUUCUAUCAGUGAUUUAAAGCAUCUACGGUACCUUAACCUUUCCAGAACUCAAAUUAGUAGCCUACCUGAAUCAAUAGCUACUAUCUACAACUUGCAAACAUUGUUGUUGGAGAGAUGUCAUUAUCUGAAGAAAUUACCUCCAAUGUUGCGAAAGUUGGUCAACCUGCGGCACCUCAAUAUUGAAGGUGCAAAUUGUUUGGAAGGAAUGCCUGUGCAAAUAGGUAAAUUAACUUGUCUCCAAACACUGUCUAAUCUAGUUGUGGGAAAAGACAAUUGCUCAGGGGUAAAGGAGCUUGGGCCUUUGAAGCAUCUUAAAGGGAAACUCAACAUUUCAAGAUUAGAGAAUGUGAUUGAACCGAAUCAUGCAAAUGAUGCAGAAUUAAUUAAAAAGAUCAAAAUUAGUAAGUUGUCAUUGGAAUGGAGUAGUGACAUUGAUGAGUCGAAAGACAGGACAAGUGAACUAGAGGUACUAAAUGGGCUACAGCCUCACAACGCUUUGACAGAGCUGGGUAUAAUUAACUAUGGUGGUACAAAAUUCCCUAAUUGGUUAACACCUCCUUCAUUUCCUCAUAUGGUCUCCUUGGCAAUAUCAAAUUGUCGCAAGUGCACAUUAUUACCUCCAUUGGGGCAAUUGCCAUCACUCGAAACUCUUUCGAUCUCUGGCAUGGAUAGCGUGAAGAGUGUUGGUUCUGAAUUUUGCGGCAAUAGUUGUGCACAAUGUUUUAGAUCCUUAAAGACUUUGCGUUUCGAGAACAUGAACGAGUGGGAGAAAUGGAGUCCUUGUGAAGAGUUCCCAAAUCUACAUAAAUGCACACUUAUAACUGAUAUAUACGAAGGGGUGGUGUGUGGAAGCAAGGUUACAUUGAAAUCAAUAAACUUCUCCAGAUCACUUUCACCAAUUUCAGAUGAAGGGGUUGAUAUGGAAGGGCUGGCAAAGUUGGAAUGGUUAAAUAUUAAACACUGUGAGGAGCUAAUGACUUUGUGGUCAGACAAGGUGGGAUCCCUGCCACAUGAUCUCCCAUUUCUGCAUCAUCUCGACAUUUACAAGUGUCCCAAACUAGUCUCUUUGGUGGCGGAAGAAGUUGAUCAAGAGCGUCUCCAACUCAGAAUCACAUCUAUUGGUAUCAAAGAUUGCAUAGCCUUGGAAUCAUUACCCAAGGCAUUGUUGUACAACAACACGUGUCUUCAGUCUAUUUAUAUCUAUAAAUGUGAUUCGCUAACGCAUUUUGCAAGAAGCCAUCUGCCUCCAACUUUAAAGAACCUAUCUAUAAGCAACUGCAAGAGUAUGAGGAAUUUGGUGGAGGAUGAUGAUAAUGAUACAAACAACAACAGUACUACUUGCAGUAGUGGCAUCACAUCUCUUCUUGAGGAAUUGAGUGUUGGAAAUUGUCCAUCCCUUGAAUCCUUAACAUCAAGCGGGGAAUUACCUGCCACGCUUCAACAACUCACUAUUAGACAUUGUCUGAAGUUGGAGUCAGUAGCUAAGAGUUUUCAUCAUAACUCAUUUCUUACAAAUAUCACCAUCUCCUUUUGUGAAAAUCUUCAAUUGUUGAAUGGUGGAGAGUUGCUCCUCCCUUCCAGCCUGAGACAGCUUUCUAUCUUUAAUUGUAAGAAAAUGCAGGGACUACCGAAUGACAUAUACAACCUCACCUCUCUUCGAGAUUUGAAAAUACAAAAUUGUCCGAGCAUUUUAUCAUUUCCCAAACAAGGUUUUCCCACACACCUAACAACACUUGAGAUCUCCCAUCUUAAAAUCACAGAAGCCUUGUUCGAUUGGGGGCUAGACAACCUCACUUCUCUCAAUGAACUUCGUAUUCAUGGAUGUCAGCAUCUGGUGUCUUUUUCAAAACUCACCUCUCUUAAAACAUUGUGGAUCUCUGAAUGCGAGAAGCUCACGUGUUUUCCAGAGGAUGGCCUGCCUCCCUCACUCCUAGAGCUUCGUAUCAAUUAUUGCCAAAAGUUGAGGUCCUUUACGAAGAAUGGCCUGCCUCUCUCACUCCUAAUGCUUCAUAUCUCUAAUUGCAAAAAGUUGAGGUCCUUUCCAAAGAAUGGCCUACCUCCCUCACUCCAGGUACUUGUAGUCUAUGAAUGUCCUUUGCUGGAAGAAUGCUGCAAGAAAGGUCGGAGAUGAGAGUGGCGCAAGAUAGUUGACAU